AUAGGCACCCACUACUACUUGUUAUUUUCUCGGGAAUUAUUAGAAGCAAAUUUGCAUUUGCAUUAUAUUAAUGUUAUGUGAAAUUCAUGCUUAGAUUCUGAGGCUGCCAAGCUUCCCCAGUAUUUCAUUACAAGGAGCUCUCUGUCUACAGUGUUUUUGUUGCUAAAGUUCAAAUCUUCUUUCAGCUUUCUUGAUCUUUCAAGCUAGAUAUGGCCGAAGAAGCAGGCAUGUUUAUGGUUCAUCAAACAAUUGGAAGUGUUUUGUGUUGCAAAUGUGGUAUUCCUAUGCAACCAAAUGCUGCUAAUAUGUGUGUUAAGUGUUUGCGCUCUGAAGUUGACAUCACUGAAGGUCUAAAGAAGAAUGUAAUUCUUUUACAUUGCCCGGAGUGUGAUACCUACUUGGAUCCACCUAGUACGCGGAUUAGGGCCCAACUGGAAUCGAGGGAGUUGAUGGAAUUUUGUCUGAAGAAGUUGAAAUUGAAGUCCUCAGGAGUUAUUUUGGUAAAUGCGGAAUUUAUUUGGACUGAACCACAUUCCAAGAGGAUCAAGCUCCGAGUGAGAGUUCAGAAGGAGGUUCUUCAUGGUGCAAUACUCGAACAAGCAUAUGUUAUUGAGUAUGUUCAGCAGGACCAAAUGUGUGAUUCUUGCACAAGAGUUCAGGCCAACCCUGAUCAGUGGGUUGCUGGUGUCCAGCUCCGGCAACAUGUUGCUCAUAGAAGAACUUUCUUUUACUUGGAGCAGCUGAUUUUGAAGCAUGAUGCUGCUGCCCGUGCCAUUAAAAUAAAGCAAAUGGAUCAUGGUAUUGAUUUUUUCUUUGCAAAUCGUAGCCAUGGUGUUAAAUUUGUUGACUUUGUGGGUAAAGUAGCUCCAGUAAAGAGUCGCAAUGACAAGCAACUUGUUUCCCAUGAUACUAAGAGCAACAACUAUAAUUACAAACAUACUUUCUCUGUUGAAAUCUCUCCAAUUUGCCGUGAGGAUUUAGUCUGCUUCCCUCCAAGGGUUGCUGUUAGCUUGGGGAAUCUAGGUCCUCUUGUGAUCUGCUCGAAAGUGACAAAUAGCAUUGCUUUGUUAGAUCCUUUCACCCUGAGACACUGCUUCUUGGAUGCUGACCAGUACUGGAGAACACCCUUUAAGUCUCUUCUCACUAGCAGGCAACUUGUAGAGUAUAUUGUAUUUGAUGUGGACUUUGUUUCCCCUGAAGUUAAUAUUGGCGGGUCUAGAUAUGCUCUCGCUGAUGCUACUGUUGCUCGCAUGUCAGAUUUUGGGAAGAAUGAUACCAUGUUCAACAUAAAAACGCACCUGGGGCAUAUUUUGAAACCUGGUGAUUAUGCUCUUGGUUAUGAUUUACAUGGAGCUAACAGUAAUGACAUGGAGCUUGACAAGUACAAAAAUCUAGUCAUUCCAGAAGCAAUUUUGGUAAAGAAAAGCUAUGAAGAGAAGCGCCAGAGGAAACGAGGGAAGCCUCGUUCCUGGAAGCUAAAGUCCCUCAAUAUGGAGGUUGAUGACACGAGAGCUAAAGGUGACCAAGAGAAGAUGAGCUCAGAGUACGAACAGUUCCUGAGAGAACUGGAAGAGAACCUGGAGUUGAGGUUCAAUGUAUCAUUGUAUCGUAACAAAGAAUAUCAGCCUUCUGAGAUGGCAUCUAUGACUGAUGGGGAAGAUAUACCUUCCAUUCCUCUAGAGGAGUUGCUUGCUGAUCUUGAGAUAAAUGGCGCCGAAGAUGAGGAUGAAGGCAUGAGGGAAUGAAUAUUAAGUUUUGUUUAUUUUUCUGGUUGGCUUGAAAUCAUCUUUUCAUCAAGUAGCUUUAUUCUGUGCUGUCUUUGCUUUCGCGUAAUGUAGUUCUUUCAACAAAUGAUGCUUGUAAUUUGUUGUGUUUGUUAAUUAGGGAAUUUUUUGCUGUAUUGACGAUGCUUAUGCUGAAAUGAUAGGAGAAAGGAGAAUUUUUGGCUGUA